UUGAAAGGCUUAUCUCCCUUGGAAAUGGAUUCACAGGAGUCAUCAUCAGUUAUAAGAUUAGAGACAACAUCGUCAACCGCUCUAACAGAUAAUGAAAUUUCGAAAUGUGUGCAGGAACACUCAUCAACGAAUUCAAAUGAAGUACGAACAGCUAAAACAAAUAAUUGUACAUUAAAUCUUGAAGAUUGGAUAGGUGUAAGAAUUUUAUUUAGAGUAAGACCCUUAAACUAUAUUGCUGGUUAUAUUAAAAGGGUUAUAUCAACUAUUGGAGUUGUUAUUGAUAUAAACAAUGGUGAAGAACAUGUCGUUCAUGAUGUCACUGAUAAAAAUUUCUUUUCGCACAUUAUAUCCGAUAAUGUGGUUUCUAUGAGCGCGAUUAGAAAAAAUGUAGUUGUAUGUGUUAAAAAUGCCGAGCAUGAAUGGGGAGUGGCUACUGUCUUAGAAUACAAUGGAAUCAACAUCUCAUUAAUAUCCGUUGAAAGUAAAGAGACUUUCACCUUACCUAGAUCCAAGAUACGAUUACUCAUGCCUCCGUGGCAUGAGGAAUUACAACUGUACUGGAAUGUUAAUCGAUUUCUUUGGAAUGAUCAGGAAACAAUCGUUCCAUCCAGCAGUCAUCGUUCGAAUCCCUUUCAAUGCACAGACGAGAUGCGUAAUGUUUUGGAAACAAUCUCUAAAGCGACAAUCUUCAAAGAAAGUAUUGAUGUUACAUCCAUAAGUAGCGAAGAAUCAACUCAAAAUAUAACGCAACCUGAAUCAUCCAAGAGCGAAAUGACUAGAUCAGAUCAACAUGUAAUCGAAUCUCCGCCUACAAAAGCUCCUAUAAGCAUCCAGCAAUGUAUUCCUAGAAACAAUUCAAUGAUGCAGCCAUCACCUAUAAGACCAGAAGUGGUUCAUCCAUUAUUUGCACUACAAGAUCCAUUAGGACAACAGCUUAAUUUCAACUCCCAACUCAAUAUGUUAAUGUAUUUGCAACAACAGCCUCAGUCAUGCCAGAUAUACCCACGUCAUACUAAUGUUAAUCCACUGAUAUUCAAUAAUUCUUCAAUCAGUCCGAAUAGGAAACAGAGUUUGGGUGAAUGGAUAGGUACUAAUGCUAAACCAAAAGAAACUGUUCAUCGUAUAGCAACUAUACCUAUGGAAUCUGAAGAAGAUAUUCAGUUUCCACAUAGUUGUUCGAGACAUAAAAAAGGUGAAAUCGUCACAACUCAGGGAGGAAUACGAAAAAAGUUUAACGGCAAACAAUGGAGAAGACUCUGUUCAAAAGAAGGAUGUAGCAAAGAAUCGCAAAGAAAAGGCUUCUGUUCACGUCAUCUUUCUCUAAAAUCUAAAGUACAAGAACAGAAUUUUGGUAAUUUGACUAUUGCUGCAGGAGAGAAAGAGUCUCCUAUGCAGAUGCUGGAAAGAUUACUCAACUUAUGUAAUUCUAAAUGUUAA